AUGGCGGAAAGAACGGUGGAGCAGGCUACUAAUGGAGAGCAAGAAGAAGCAUAUUUUUACAGAGAAAGGAUGAAAUGUACACCAGAAGAGGAGCCAAGACUCGAAAGGCAACACUUUUGGAAAGUGAUCGAUGCGUUUAGAUACUACAGGUACGGACUGUUUCAAAACAGCAGUAUUAACGUUAUAUGAAUGGUUGUUAGCGCGCGAGUUAACACACAACAAAGUAAUUUGACCCAGUCAGUGUGUCUGGCUAGCUUGAUGGAGUAACGUCACUGACUGUACUGAAUUUGGUAACGUUUUGUCGGAAGAUUUUAGAAGAGAGAUUACUAACUAAUUAUGAUGCAUAGCUAGCUAAGACAGAUUUGUGUAUUUAUAUUGGGGUCCGUUUUGGCUAAUUACAUAUUCCUAUAGGUACCAAACCGAGGUAGAAUUAGUUUAAUAUUUAAUAUUCGGUAGAUAUACUAUAGGUAUAUUCUAGGCAUACUUUCAAGAAUGCUAAUUACUACUAUCAAUCGGGUAGAGCUACCUCAAGAAAUGUCUUCCUCUAGUCGUUGUGAAUGUAAGUCGCUCUGGAUAAGAGCGUCUGUUAAAUGACUAAAAUGUAAAAAUGUUGUGUACAUUCCUCUCUCCUGUGGUCUGUGUGUAUCCAUAGGGGAACAGGCUCAAUAUACUUCUUCUUCAGUGGGGCUUAUCGGCGUUUGGCAUCCAACGUUAUGGUGCAUUACCGCCACCUACCGUACUGGAGUGUGGGCCAGCGAGGGGGAUAAACUAAAUCCUACCUGCCAACCCCGUUUCUCUUAAAAAAGAUAACAAAAUAUUUGAGACUAUAUCUAAUGACGCUCUACUCAAUAUACUCUUUAAACUAAUUUCCUGUAUCCCCUUCUCCCUCAUACUGAAUCUCAUCCUCUCUCUUUCCCUCUGAUACUGCCCACACUGUAGCAAUACAUGCUCCAGUCUCUAUUUCAUGACAAUAAUCACACUUUCCUGAUGGAUGCUUUCCUAUCACGUUUAAUGUCUUAUUCAACUGGCUGUGUCCCACCCUUAAUCUUGUAAAAAUAGCCUCCUCUCUUCUGUCCCUUCCUGCCAUCCUCCCCUCCCCGACUUUCCUCUGUACUUGAAAUAAAUGCCUUCCCUUAUUAGUUCUACUCCACUGCUCCUGCCAUCUCUUCACCAUCACUGUAUAUAUCAGUGUUUUUGCCUCUGCCUUGCUCAUUGACACUUCAACAUCAACAUCCCCACUACUAAGUGCUUGUUUAGGCUGUUCAUCUACUGCCUCGUUCCCCUCAACCCCCACAUGGGCUGGAACCCAAGUAAAUCUUAUCUGAAUACCCAUCUGUUUAACCCUGCCAUGGGUUUGUAUCACCUCAUAAAGCAGGACUUGUCUGCUACGUGAGCUAAAGGACUGGAGAAUCAUUAACACUGCACGAAUCAGAGCACAUAACUACUCCAUCUGGCUUAACUUCCUCCACCCACUGCAAGGCCAACAGUAUGGCCAUCAGCUCCGCCGUAUAUACAGCCAGAUGAUCUGUAAUACGUUUCCUGACUUCCACCCCACAUUCCUGCACUACAAAUGCUGACCCAGUACGUCCUGUCCCUGGAUCUUUUGAACCAUCUGUGUAAAUGGCCACAAAAUCCUGAUACAGUUUCCAGACAUCUCUUAAAGAAAUCAGCUGGAUCAACACCCUCCCUAUCGUUCUGUAGUCUCUCCAACACUUCUAGAUCAACUACUGUAGAUGGGAGUAGCCAUGGUGGAUUUACUCAAUGGAUUUUGCUUCUUCUGUGUAUUUUAUAUUGUGGUUUGCAAAAAACUUCAAGGUGCAUUACCUCCACCAACUGGACUGGAGUGUGGACCAGAGACAGGGAAGGUGUAAAUUCUACCCAUUAUUCUAGAAAAAUAAAUACAUAAUUAAAUACUACAUCCCCUGAAGAUUUUAUCAGCAGUUAAUUUAAGCUUGGCUCUUUAAGACCAUUACUCCUUAUAUCUAAUAACAAUCUCUCCCUUUCCUUUUCAUAUUGCUGGCACUGAAAGAGAACGUGUUCCACUCAAUGAGAUAUACAGUGCAUUCGGAAAGUAUUCAGACCCCUUGACUUUUCCACAUUUUUUACAUUACAGCCUUAUUCUCAAGUUGAUUUAAUUAUUUUUUUUCCUCAUCAGUCUACACACAAUACCCCAUAAUGACAAAGCGAAAACAGGUUUUUAGACAUUUUUGCAAAUGUAUUAAAAAUAAACAGAUACCUUAUUUACAUAAAUAUUCAGACCCUUUGAUAUAUAUAUAUAUAUACAGUUGAAGUCGGAAGUUUACAUGCACUUAAUUUUUCAACCACUCCACAAAUUUAUUUUUAACAAACUAUAGUUUUGGCAAGGCGGUUAGGACAUCUACUUUGUGCAUGUCACAAGUAACUUUUCCAACAAUUGUUUAUAGAGAGAUUAUUUCACUUAUAAUUCACUCUAUCACAAUUCCAGUGGGUCAGAAGUUUACAUACACUAAGUUGACUGUGCCUUUAAACAGCUUGGAAAAUUCCAGAAAAUGAUGUAAUGGCUUUAGAAGCUUCUGAUAGGCUAAUUGACAUCAUUUGAGUCAAUUGGAGGUGUACCUGUGGAUGUAUUUCAAGGCCUACCUUCAAACUCAGUGCCUCUUUGCUUGACAUCAUGGGAAAAUAUGAUGAAACAAAAAUAGAACUGUUUGGCCAUAAUGACCAUCGUUAUGUUUGGAGGAAAAAGGGGAUAGCUUGCAAGCCGAAGAACACCAUCCCAACCGUGAAGCACGGGGGUGGCAGCAUCAUGCUGUGGGGGUGCUUUGCUGCAGGAGGGAUUGGUGCACUUCACAAACUAGAUGGCAUCAUGAGGAAGGAAAAUUAUGUGGAUAUAUUGAAGCAACAUCUCAAGACAUCAGUCAGGAAGUUAAAGCUUGGUCGCAAAUGGGUCUUCCAAAUGGACAAUGACCCCAAGCAUACUUCCAAAGUUGUGGCAAAAUGGCUUAAGGACAACAAAGUCUAGGUAUUGGAGUGGCCAUCACAAAGCCGUACCUCAAUCCUAUAGAAAAUGUGUGGUCAGAACUGAAAAAGCGUGUGCGAGCAAGAAGGCCUACAAACCUGACUCAGUUACACCAGCUCUGUCAGGAGGAAUGGGCCAAAAUUCACCCAACUUAUUGUGGGAAGCUUGUGGAAGGCUACCCAAAACGUUUGACCCAAGUUAAACAAUUUAAAGGCAAUGCUAUCAAAUAUUAAUUGAGUGUAUGUAAACUUCUGACCCACUGGGAAUGUGAUGAAAUAAAUAAAAGCUGAAAUAAAUCACUCUCUACUAUUAUUCUGACAUUUCUUAUUCUUAAAAUAAAGUGGCGAUCCUAACUGACCUAAGACAGGGAAUUUUUACUAGGAUAAAAUGUCAGGAAUUGUGAAAAACUGAGUUUAAAUGUAUUUGGCUAAAGUGUGUGUGUGUGUGUAUAUAUAUAUAUAUAUACACAGUGGGGAGAACAAGUAUUUGAUACACUGCCGAUUUUGCAGGUUUUCCUACUUACAAAGCAUGUAGAGGUCUGUAAUUUUUAUCAUAGGUACACUUAAACUGUGAGAGACGGAAUCUAAAAAAAAAAUCCAGAAAAUCACAUUGUAUGAUUUUUAAGUAAUUAAUUUGCAUUUUAUGGGCAACACAGACUUUCAACUCCCUCCAAAGAUUUUCUAUGGGGUUGAGAUCUGGAGACUGGCUAGGCCACUCCAGGACCUUGAAAUGCUUCUUACGAAGCCACUCCUUCGUUGCCCGGGCAGUGUGUUUGGGAUCAUUGUCAUGCUGAAAGACCCAGCCACGUUUCAUCUUCAAUGCCCUUGCUGAUGGAAGGAGGUUUUCACUCAAAAGUGUGUUACUGAUGGUAGGCUUUGUUACUUUGGUCCCAGCUCUCUGCAGGUCAUUCACUAGGUCCCCCCGUGUGGUUCUGGGAUUUUUGCUCACCAUUCUUGUGAUCAUUUUGACCCCACGGGGUGAGAUCUUGCGUGGAGCCCCAGAUCGAGGGAGAUUAUCAGUGGUCUUAUAUGUCUUCCAUUUCCUAAUAAUUGCUCCCACAGUUGAUUUCUUCAAACCAAGCUGCUUACCUAUUGCAGAUUCAGUCUUCCCAGCCUGGUGCAGGUCUACAAUUUUGUUUCUGGUGUCCUUUGACAGCUCUUUGGUCUUGGCCAUAGUGGAGUUUGGAGUGUGACUGUUUGAGGUUGUGGACAGGUGUCUUUUAUACUGAUAACAAGUUCAAACAGGUGCCAUUAAUACAGGUAACGAGUGGAGGACAGAGGAGCCUCUUAAAGAAGAAGUUACAGGUCUGUGAGAGCCAGAAAUCUUGCUUGUUUGUAGGUGACCAAAUACUUAUUUUCCACCAUAAUUUGCAAAUAAAUUCAUUAAAAAUCCUACAAUGUGAUUUUCUGGAUUUUUUUUCCUCAAUUUGUCUGUCAUAGUUGACGUGUACCUAUGAUGAAAAUUACAGGCCUCUCUCAUCUUUUUAAGUGGGAGAACUUGCACAAUUGGUGGCUGACUAAAUACUUUUUUUCCCCACUGUGUAUAUAUAUAUAUACACACACACACACACACACACAACCAGUGAAAAGUUUGGACAUCUACUCAUUCAAGGGUUUUUCUUUAUUUUUACAAUUUUUUUAUAUUGUAGAAUAAUAGUGAAGACAUCAAAACUAUGAAAUAACACAUAUGGAAUCAUGUAGUAAACAAAAAAGUGUUAAACAAAUCAAAAUAUAUUUUAUAUUUGAGAUUCUUCAAAUAGCCACCCUUUGCCUUGAUGACAGCUUUGCACACUCUUGGUCACUCUGACAGAGCUCUAGAGUUCCUCUGUGGAGAUGGGAGAAACUUCCAGAAGGACAACAAUCUCUGCAGCACUCCACCAAUCAGGCCUUUAUGGUAGAGUGGCCAGAUGGAAGCCACUCCUCAGUAAAAAUCACAUGACAGCCCACUUGGAGUUCGCCUAAAGACUCUCAGACCAUGAGAAAGAAGAUUCUCUGGUCUGAUGAAACCAAGAUUGAACUCUUUGGCCUGAAUGCCAAGUGUCACGUCUGGAGGAAACCUGGCACCAUCCCUAUGUUGAAGCAUGGUGGUGGCAGCAGCAUGCUGUGGGGAUGUUUUUCAGCGGCAGGGCCUGGAAGACUAGUCAGGAUCGAGGCAAAGAUGAACGGAGCAAAUUACAGAGAUCCUUGAUGAAAACCUGCUCAGGACCUCAGACUGGGGCAAAGGUUCACCUUCCAACAGGACAAUGACCCUAAGCACACAGCCAAGACAACGCAGGAGUGGCUUCGGGACAAGUCUCUGAAUGUCCUUGAGUGGCCCAGCCAGAACACGGACUUGAACCCGAUCGAAUCUCUCUGGAUAGACCUGAAAAUAGCUGUGCAACAACACUCCCCAUCCAACCUGACAGAGCUUGAGAGGAUCUGCAGAGAAGAAUGGGAGAAACUCCCCAGAUACAGGUGUGCCAAGCUUGUAGCGUCAUACCCAAGAAGACUCGAGGCUGUAAUCACUGCCAAAGGUGCUUCAACAAAGUACUGAGUAAAGGGUCUGAAUACUUAUGUAAAUUUUAUGUCAAUUUUUUUUAUUUUAUUUUUUUUAUAUACAUUUGCAAAAAUGUCUAAACCUGUUUUUGCUUUGUCAUUAUGGGGUUUUGUGUGUAGAUUGAUGAAGGGGGGAAAAAACAAUUUAAUCAAUUUUAGAAUAAGGCUGUAACGUAACAAAAUGUGGAAAAAGUUGAGGUGUCUGAAUACUUUCCGAAUGCACUGUAUAAAUUGAUAAAUAAAUAAAUAAAUAAAUAAACACUAAAGUACAUUUGUCCAUCCACCCGAUUCUGAAUAUAAAAUGUUCAUAGUCAUGGCAUGCUUUGUGUAAGAGCUAAUUAAGAUUGAAAGCAAAGAAAUACACAAAGAAACACAUUUUAAACCAAAACAAAGCUGUGGAUUUGUCUAUCCUCCCCCGAUCCAGAAUAUAUAAUUUUCAUAGUAAUGGAACGCUUUGUUUAAGAGCUAUUGAAAUUUUGAAAUACGAAAUAUUAUUAUACAAAAAAUAAAAAGUUAUGAGUUUUUCUCCAUCCACUCCUGAUUCAGAUUAUACUGUCUUCAUAGUCAUGGCAUGCUUGGUUCAAUAGCUAUUGACGAGAGAAUCGAAUAUCCACCAAAUAUCCAAUAUAAAACUAAUUUAACCUCGAUAGCUAACCACCACCUCUGUUUAGCUAUUAGCUAGCACCGAAGCAAAGGAUGUGGAGCUAGCUAGCCCUAGAAAAUAGCAAAGAUAAAAUAUUAUCCUAAAACAACAUGGGCUAAAGUCCAGAAAGACAAAAAUGUACAUUUCAAUACAGUUACUCAUGUUAUUUACAAACAAGUGUAGAAAUUACAACAACCUAAAAUGUACAAAUUACCUCGACUAACCUGUACCCCCGCACAUUGACUCGGUACCUGUACCCCCUGUAUAUAGCCUCGUUAUUGUUAUUUUGUGUUACUUUCUAUUUAAUUGUUUUACUUUAAUUUAUUUAGUAAAUAUUUUCUGAACUCCAUUUCUUGAACUGCAUUGUUGGUUAAGGGCUUGUAAGUAAGCAUUUCACGGCAAGGUCUACACCUGUUGUAUUCGGCGCAUGUGAAAAAUAAAAUGUAAUUUGAUUUGAUCACAUGAUUAUGCCUAGCCUAUACAACCAUGUUCACCAAGUAGAAGAUGCUUAGAAAAUAUUAAUGUGUUUUGUGAAUCUUUGUGUCAAGUCAUUUUAAUAAGUCUGCAUUUUGAAUUGAACAUUUUCAUAAUUAAAAAAGGCUAUCAAAUAUAGCUAGGUUUCUAUUUUCCCAUUUUAGUUUAUCCCCAUCUCCUCUUUCUCCUGUCCACCAUGGCACCACCCUCCCCUUAAUCUCAGGAUGCAUGUUCAGGAACGGGUCAAUCGAGCAGAGCGUCAGUUCCGGAGUCUUCCUGAGCAUCACCAGCUGCUGCUGCCCAGGGUCCUGCCCAACCUGGCCCGUAUCCGGCGCAGUGUGGACCACAACCAGGAGGUGCUGCAUGCCAUCGUGCUCAACUGUGUCCACAUGUUUGAGAACAUGCAGUAUGGCAAAGAGGUAAGCUGAAGGGUCAGAAAGGUCACACAUGAUUUCUCUUACAUUAGACACUAGGCUACUAACCUUGGUUACAUUAGACACUAGGCUACUUCUAGCGAUCAAACUACUGGAAGUCAAUCAUUUUCAAUGAAAGGAGGAGACAAGGAGUCAUUCAGCGAUUUAACCACUGGCGACUAGAGAGCUUGUUGAGAAAAUUCCAACUACGAAAAUUAUCAGUGAUGCGACCCAAUCGGAGGAGGGAGGGUCUUACUUGCUAGCUUUGACACUGCUGGAUAGGCUAACAACAAGUUUGCUGUUUGGCAUGCUGUUUGAGAAGAUAUCAGAGAUUCCUUACUUCGUGGUAGGAGAAGUAGUAGGCUGCAUCUAGGUGUGCAGUGCAAUAAAAAUAUAGUAGUAUAACUAUACUGAAUAAACAUAUAUAUGCAACAAUUUCUAAUAUUUUACUGAGUUACAGUUCUUAUGAGGAAAUCAGUCAAUUGAAAUAAAUUCAUUAGGCCCUAAUCUAUGCUUGUCACAGAUACCUUAAACAAAAUGGGCCUCAGGACCUCGUCAGAGUAUUUCUGUGCAUUCAAAUUGCCAUCAAUAAAAUGCAAUAGUGAUCGUUGUCCGUAGCUUAUGCCUGCCCAUACCAUAACCCCACGCCACCAUUGGACACUCUGUUCACAACGUUCACAUCAGCAAACCGCUCGCCCACUCAACGCCAUACAUGUGGUUUGCGGUUGUGAGGCCGGUUACAUGUACUUCCAAAUUCUCUAAAAUGACGUUUAGGCGGCUUAUGGUAGAGAAAUUAACAUUCAAUUUUGGCAACAGCGCUGCUGGCCAAUUUCACGCUCCCUCAAAACUUGAGACAUCUGUGGCAUUGUGUUGUGUGACAAAACUGCAAAUUUUAGAGUGGCCUUUUAUUGUCCCCAGGACAAGGUGCACCUGUGUAAUGAUAAUGCUGUUUAAUCAGCUUCUUGAUAUGCCACACCUGUCAGGUGGAUGGAUUAUCUUGGCAAAGGAGAAAUGCUCACUAACAGGGAUGUAAAAAUAAUUGUGCACAACAUUUGAGAGAGAAGCUCUUUCAGGGAUAUUUUAUUUCAGCUCAUGAGACAUGGGACCAACACUUUACAUGUUGCGUUUAUUUUUUGUUCAGUGUAGUUGGUGGUGCUGCAGAUGUUUGUCUAUUCUAGUAUACCACACCAUUUCUCUAGUUAUUGUAUUAGUGGAAAUUAUAUUAGUAUAGAUCUUAGAUUCAUUUGCUGCCAUGAUCCUUUCAUCAUUGGAUGCAUUUUGAGGAGUUAAAAUGUCUUUCUGUCCAGGAUGACCUGAGGAAGGUGUGUACGUCCUCCAUGUUCGACAUAGACAAGCUCAAAUCCACCAUUAAGCAGUUUGUGCGUGACUGGAGUGAGGCGGGCCAGGCUGAGAGAAACUCCUGCUACCUGCCCCUCAUCCAAGAGAUCCAGAGACUCUUUCCCAGCGACAAGUGGUGAGCGCACACAGUCUUGGAAUUCUAACUCAGUUGUGUGAUUUUGUAUUCUGAGUUAUGUGUGUAUUCUGUCAGUGAUGGCAUGGUUGUUUCUGUAGUGAUGUGUCUAAGGUGAGCGUGCUGGUUCCGGGGGCGGGGCUUGGUCGCCUGGCAUGGGAAAUCGCUCGUCUGGGCUACGCCUGCCAAGGCAACGAAUGGAGCUUCUUCAUGCUCUUCUCCUCCAACUUUGUCCUCAACAGGUAACGCACAACCUCAGCCCUCAUUUAAGCCUUGCAUAUAAUGCAAUAAUUCAGGCCUUGCAUAUGUUGCACAAUGUGUCAUUUUAAUGAUUGAGUAUUAAACACAGUUUUAACAAUGUUGAAAUGUGUCUGGUGUUUGUGCCUGAGAACUUGGGCCAAAUCAAUUGCCUAGCAUUUCAAAAUAGCCCCAUGCAAUCCUCUUCGGAAAAAAGUAUUUAUUGUUGGUGAUAAUUUUCUCACACUAGUGUUGUUCAGCUUAUCUUACCUCUGUUCUUCCUCUUUCCUGAGGUGUGAAAAGGUCAACUCCAUGACCCUGUACCCCUGGAUCCACCAGUUCAGCAACAACAAGAGAUCAUCUGAUCAGACGCGGCCAAUCACCUUCCCAGACGUCAACCCCCAGAGCCUGCCUCCAAACUCUGACUUCUCCAUGGUGGCCGGGGACUUCCAGGAGGUCUACACACAGCCUAGUGAG